CGUUCCCGCCGGAAGAAAGUAAGAAAAGCUAGCAAAUGUGCAGUGGGAUAACGCUAUGUCCACUGCUGGCGGUGCUUCUAGUGGGUCACCUAGUGGCUCCAGUGGCGCCGGCUAACCUACUGACCAGCUAUCUGCCCGCCUCCAUGCAGGCUCUGGCGUACUAUAUAGAUCUGCUACAGUAUGAACCGCUGUCCAGUACGACUGUGGAACCACCAUUCAGUGCAGAUGAUGGAGUGGAAUCAACGACAGUGAGUGCGAGACCAUCGACACCAUUGCCCACAAGGAUGAGAAGCACUACGACAAGAAGGCCAGGUGGAACAGGAGCUCUGGGGUCAAUCUGGUGGCAAGCGCCAAGUUGGUGGGAAGCGCCAGAGAAAACUACAACUACAGAAAGACCCACAUCGCCCCCUACUGUGUUGCAUCGCCCCGCGGUUUUCGCACCAUCUUCCCAAACAGAAAAGACGCUUGAAGGCUACGGUCUCUUUAAUGAAAUCAAAGAUGAUGUGGACUUUGAUAAGCUACCAUUGUCUUUAAUUCGCGAUAUUCAAACUGAACAAGAAAAUUUUACCAAUGAUGUCGAAUCGCUGGAUAACUUUUUGCGUCUCUAUGAUGAUAAUUACGGAAGGGCUGCCUUUGAUUUCGAGUCCGCUAUGGAUCGAUGGAGUAGUGCUUCGAUAGCAGGCAAAAAGAGGGUUCCACCAACAAAGCCCUAUGUGGAUUUCCUACUGGUGUACGAUCUCCUUAAGCGUGAUGCCAAAGCGGCCAAUCUAAGCAAGUAUGAAGGAUACUCUGAGGAUCUGCUGGAGCAGCUGCAUGAGUUGUCCCAAGUAUCGUCCGCCAGACAAUUGCAUACUCUCUUCCAAAGGAUGCUUGACCGGCAUGAUAUCCAGCGAAGUGACGUGGUCUCCCGAGUCAAGGGAAUCGUCAAGGAUCUGGGGAAUCCCAAAAGCCCAACAUCCAAGGCAUUGGCUUUUAUACCCAGCAUGCAGUUUCUACCUUAAGCUCCUAGAUAAGUCGCAAUAAAGUCGAGGGACCAGUUAACCUAUUUUGUGUUUACUAUUAUUAAAUAAAAUCUGAGUUAGUUAUUUGAAAACAUCUUGAGGGAUCGAUGAUAAAGACGUAUUUCUGAUUUAGAACUUGUGUUAUAAUAUCGUAAAGGGUAUUUAAAAAAAAAAUUGAUACUGUCAUGAGAAAAAAUGCACAUAAUUACUGCUAAUAAAAAGUAAAACUUUGAUUAUAUGUAGUUUAUAAUUCAUGUUAAA